AUGUCAAAUGUUAAAUUUCGUUUCUUACUAUACUUGAUAGUUUGCUUCAUUCUUAUCCCAAUUCAAGCAGAAAAUGAUUUCUUGAACUCGAGUGCAAUUAACCAAACAGAAGGAGCUUGUCUGCAGGAAUCAUGUGAAGUAAUGACCAAAGGUAACAUCACAGACGUGGAUUCUGGAAACAUUUAUCCGUAUGAGCGAACGAUCGAAAUUUCCAGCGAAAAAGAAAUGUCAUGGGAAACUUCGAAUUCUUUAUGCCCUGUUGGGACGGCAUGUCAUUUAUUACCUGUUGACUGCAUGAUUUGCAAGUUCAACUUCACUUGUGUCUACGGUGGACUUGUAAAUGUCACUUGUCAAGCUAUUCCCCAGUGUGAGGGUCCUAAGGUCUUUGAGAAAGUAAUGAAAUGUCAGUAUUGUUACCAAACUUUGCCAGAAGAUCAUUCUUGCAAUGCAACAGGCAGCUACUGUAAUUCGGCUGCCAAUCCAGUUCAGAAGUAUAGGUCCAAUUGCACUGUUAAGUCACAUGUUCUUUGUUUGGGACAGAGAAUUUUUUUCAAAAAUAUUAGAUGCAACUGGACUUCUGGAUACAAAGUAAUAGUUUCUUGUAUCAUAUCAGCAUCUGCUUUGGAACUAAUAAUUCAUUCUGGAUACAAGUGGAGCACAACACUAUUGUUGAGCAUCACUUUAGGUGGGUUUGGAGCAGAUAGGUUCUAUCUUGGGCACUGGCAGGAAGGAAUAGGCAAGUUGUUUAGCUUUGGAGGAGCUGGUGUUUGGACUCUGGUGGAUGUGAUACUAGUUUUUGUGGGUUAUCUCAAACCUGCAGAUGGAUCUGUGUAUAUAUAAAUGUGGAAUUAAGGAAUAAACAAAUUUGACAUACAAA